UCCAGCAAGAUGUCUUCAGAACAAGGCACUCUGUCCCCCACAUCCUCUGGCUGUGGUGGUUCCCUUGCGCAGGCUAACCCCCUGGACGAUCUCGCUGUUCAAAUGAAUCACCUAGCCUUAAGGCCCCAAGAGCAGCACCAGGACGAGGUCCUUUCCAGUCCUCUUCUGACUGUCCCCCUCAUCGACAGAUCGCCUCCCUCUCAAUUCGGCCUCUUUGGCGCUGCCAUCUCAGAAGAUUCAUCCUGCGUGGCAGAAGCUCGUCUCUUCCACAACGUCACAUGCCCCUCGAGCGUCUUCAUCUGCGGUAGCCAGGGCUCCGGGAAGAGCAAUACGCUCGCGUGCCUCCUUGAGAACUGCCUCAUUCCCAGUCAGCUUGGCAAGUUGCCCUAUCCCCUGACGGGCAUCGUCUUCCAUUACGACAGCUUCGUCUCCGACUCUGGCGGAUUGCCAUGUGAGGCUGCGUUCAUCUCAUCCCACGAGAACGUGUCAGUCAGAGUUCUCUGUUCCCCGACAAACGUCCGGACCAUUCAGAGUAUCUACAGCAGCAUUCCGAAUGUUGAGAUUAAGCCCCUGAAGCUAAGUGAUGACGAUCUAAACACUCGUCGCAUGAACGACCUCAUGGCGGUGGGGGAAAGCGACUCUAAGCCUCUGUAUAUGCAGGUGGUCAACCGUAUCCUGCGAGACAUGCGCUUGGAGCAGCAGAGUACCGGACUCGGCUUCAGCUAUGACAAGUUCAGAAAGUAUUUAGCCUUGGAGGAACUGACUCCAGGCCAGCUGAACCCUCUGAACCAGCGUCUCGAUACCCUUGAAAGCUUCUUUGCCAAGAAGAAGGGCGUACCUGGCCAGCUUAUUGUCGUCGACCUCUCCUGCCCUUGCGUGACAGCGGAGUUGGCCUGCUCGCUCUUCAACAUCUGUCUUUCCCUCUUCCUUGAGCAGAAGUCAUCCAUCGGCCGCGUCGUUGCUCUCGAUGAAGCUCACAAGUACAUGAAGGAGUCUGAGGAAAGCCAGACCUUGACUAACUCCCUCCUUGAGACUAUCCGUCUUCAGCGUCAUCUAGGCGUCCGCGUCCUCAUCUCGACUCAAGAACCUACGGUUUCGACAAAACUCCUCGACCUUUGUUCUAUGACGAUAGUGCAUCGCUUCACCUCUCCUGACUGGCUGCGCACACUGAAAGCCCACCUGGCGGGUAUCUCAUCGAUGUCAGUUAUAGCGGCUGACGAAGAGGAUGAGGUCCAGGCCGUGCAUCCGGUCACUAUUGGAGACGACGACCCGAUGAUGAAGGUAUUCUCUAUGAUUCUUUCGCUGCAUACGGGACAAGCUCUUGUCUUUGCACCGAGUGUGGUGCUUGGCCGGCAGGAAAAGGUGGACGAUGGACAGACUGUGCUUCAGCGACUGGCUCAUCGAGCUCUGCGAGUCAAGAUUCGGUCUCGACUGACCAGGGAUGGAGGAAGAACUGUAAUGGCUUGACCUCUUUCAGGAUGGUGGGAUGACUUCAAGGCUGUUUGGGGAUGUGUUCUUAGGCCGAGCGCGCAUAGUAAG